ACGCAUGGUCAAGGUGUGUUUCAGGAUUUCAAGCAAAAAUAGUCCAUUGCUAUGCCUCUUUGAUGGGGAUGUGUCGUAUCACUGUACUGUACUUUUGCAACGUAUUCUACUGCCCUAGCUAGCCCAAGCACAAUACCUGGCCCAGAUGAAUAAGAAACUGAAGUUUUCCAAGUCAGCGGCCAGAAAAGUUGGGCACCAGAAACAAGCACUGUUGGCACUUUCACAUGAGAAGAGAUGGCAUGUCACAUGCUCCAUGCCCUCUCUUUGAGCCAAAAAGAGCCACUCACUGUAAUCAGCAUUUAACCAUAUACCACUUUUUAGGUUAGCAAAACCCAGUUUUUGUCUUCAUGGUUUUGCAUCCAUUUGAGAAUGAGAAUUUCUUGGCGAUGGCAUUCUCCCCCUCCAUUUCUCAUAUGAACUUGGAGAACCUCGAAAAAUAGAUAGAGAAUGGGAUGCAGAAGAAGGAACAAGAGGACCCUGCAACUGGCGCAGGCGGGGCCUACUGCUUAAUAUUUUUUGAGCAGCAACGGUCAGCAUCAAUGAUUUGUGUAGUGCCUCAACAUGAGUAUGUGAUAAGUCUUAACCAUCCCCAACCACCCCUUCUCUUUGCUUCUUUGCGAUUGGGAGUCAAUGUUGUAGUUUGUAAACACGAGCUCAUAAAUUCAACUCACCGCCCCCGACGCCACACAUCUCACUCCUAUGAAGACGCCUUUCACCCUGGUGGACGUGCUUCUGUUGCUUGCAUUGUUCUGUCUUGCUCCACGGAUUGCCAGGAGCAGCUCUUUUUGCAAGCUGAUUAAUGUAGCAGAAAUUCGACCCCACAGUGUCUCUAUUACUGAUUUUGGUGCAGUUGGAGAUGGCAUCACACUCAACACAAAAGCAUUCCAAAAUGCUAUUUUCUACCUCAACUCAUUUGCCGACAAGGGCGGUGCCAAGCUUCUUGUCCCAGCUGGCCGUUGGUUGACUGGAAGUUUCGACCUUAUCAGUCAUUUAACUUUGUGGUUGGACAAGGAUGCUGUAAUUCUUGGUUCAACGAUCUCUAAUGACUGGCCAGUUGUCAAACCAUUGCCCUCAUAUGGUAGAGGACGCGAAUUGCCAGGCAAAAGGCAUCGAAGCCUCAUAUAUGGAUGCAAUUUGACAGACGUCAUCAUAACAGGUGAAAAUGGAACCAUUGAUGGACAGGGCAGCAUUUGGUGGGACUGGUUCCAUAGAAAAACGUUAAAUUAUACGAGACCACAUUUAGUUGAACUUAUGAAUUCAACUAGAGUUGUCAUCUCAAAUCUGACAUUCAAGAAUUCACCAUUUUGGACCCUCCAUCCUGUAUAUUGCAGCAAAGUCCUGGUCCAGAACGUGACAAUCCUCGCGCCCCUUGAUUCUCCAAACACAGAUGGUAUUGAUCCAGAUUCUUCUGCUGAAGUGUGCAUUGAAGAUUGCUACAUCAGCACAGGCGACGAUCUAAUUUCGAUCAAGAGUGGGUGGGACAAAUAUGGAAUUGAGUAUGCUCAUCCUAGUACAAAUAUUACCAUUCGUAGGCUUACUGGGCAAACUCGAACUAGUGCGGGAGUUGCAAUUGGAAGUGAGAUGUCUGGAGGUAUAUCAGAAAUUCAUGUAGAAAACCUCCUAUUUUUCAACUCAAGGAUGGGAAUCAGAAUAAAGACGUCUCCUGGAAGGCGUGGUUAUGUGCGCAACGUCUACAUAUCAAAUGUGAGCUUGUUCAAUGUAGAUAUAGCCAUAAGGUUCACUGGUAACUACGGCGAGCACCCAGAUUCUUGUUAUGAUCCCAUGGCUCUUCCAACGGUAGAGGGGAUCACAAUUAAACAUGUGAGUGGAGAGAAUAUUGAAACAGCAGGGCUUCUAGAGGGCAUAGAAGGAGAUGAUUUUCAUAAUAUUUGCCUAUCCAACAUCACGCUUAAUGUAACCUCGAUGCACCAUUGGAACUGCUCGCACGUGCAAGGAUUCUCAGACUUGGUUUCUCCAGAGAUAUGCCAACCUCUGAAAGAAAAAAUCUCUCCCCGACACAUUUUAGAAUGUUAUCUGCCACCAAAUUUCUUGUGGAAUUCGGGUGAGAAAAACAGAGGAGCUGGAUUGCUCAGGUAUAUUCUCCGGGCAUUGUUGUCACCAUUCUUCUAAUCAUUUUGUAAUUUGUAAUAUUCGAGUGAUUGAUUGUCUCUUUGAUUGAUAGAUAAGUUCAAAUGGGCUGGCUUCAUCCGCGUGCCGCUUGCCUUGCCUAAUGCUGAGAGGUGUGCGGUUGAGAUGGCAGCACAAAUAUUAUUUGCUUUUGUAAUUUCUUGUGUGGAGCAAACUAAUAACGGAGUGAUUUAUUAGAAAAUAUAAGGGUAUGGCGUAAGGAUUUAUUUGCGUUUAUUUAUCUAUUGUAAAAUAACGGAGCAAUCUGCGUCUAUUGACCCCGCUCACUUUUGUGGAUGAUAAUGUCUGAAAUACUAUAUUCCAAAGUAUUGAAGAUUUCUUA